UCGCUCUCUCCACCAUCACUUUAUCAUCUCUUUCUCUUUCUGUAUCCAUCUCUUUUUCUUCAUCUGAUCUCAUCUCUUGUCAUCUACUUUAUUCGUCUUCUGUCAACAGCGAUACCCCUCUUCUCAACCACCUCGCCUCCUCGAGGUUUGUCACGUCUCGCACCAUGUCCCACCCCUUCCCCGAUGCUCUCGAGCUCCCUGCCACCUCACAGUGCCAAGUCAAUCUCAAUCACACGGCCUACGACAUCACACAACUCCUCCCCGCUCUGGAAGCAGCUCUGGAUGCGCCAGUCGUGGAUCCUGCUCCAGUGACAGAAGACUUCUGCCAUGUUCAUACUCUCAUCAUUCCCGCCCUCCUCCGCCCUCCGCCUGCCUACCAUCAAUUACUCAGACGCGGCUCCAAUGACAACGUCCGCAUAAACGCAGACCGCACCAGCUUCGAUUCCGCCGUCAGCAUCCUGCAAACUCAAAGAGAGGCUGGCGUCCCAGUCACCCUCAGCCCACCCACCGAGGACUGCAUCCACCAGCCUCUCAACUUUCUCAAGGUCUCCAAGACCAUGCGAUUAGAGGCCCUCAAGCGCAGUCCCAACGUUUUUCUCCCAGGCGCACACAAAGCCUUCGUCAACCUCCCUGCCGUUCAUGCGUACGCGGGGAGAGCCUUCCUCGUCCACGCGACAACAUGGGAUUCGGUCCACUGGCUGCACGCUGCCCUCGCACUUGACCCCAACGAGAAUCCGACGAGGACUGGAAAUUAUCGCGACCAAGUCAAGCGAAUCCAACUGCGCACGGGUGUGCAGGUUGUUUGGUUCCCUGGCACCACCGAUGACUCCCAGGCCGAGCUUCGCCUCAUCAUCACCAUUGAAGCGUAUCUCAACAUGAGCCACAUUGCCGGCCCUUGUCUCCCAGACGUCGGGGCUGGUUUGUUUGGUCUGUUCCUUGCUACAGCACUCCCUGCAGAUGUGGACACGGGGUCGGGCGAUACGGUAGCCAGCUGGCUGGCGGCAAGGGCCGCAGCGCUCAAGAAGUUCUACGAAUGCCUGAAGCCAGCUCCAGAGCUCCCGUUCAGCUUCGACGCACGUAAGCUACAGCCUGCCGAGCUGGCGUGCAAGCUGCUCCCAUUCCAAGCCCGCACGGUUCGUCUCCUCCUCGAACGUGAGGGAGCGCCGAUCUGCGCAAGUGUUACACCUCGCCAGCCCAGGGGUCAGUGGAGCCUCAUUCGAUUCGACGGCUUUGGCGACUACGCCUUCCAUCGCUUGACUGCACAGCUGCAGCCCAUUACUCUCGAUCGUAAGGGCAAAGCUAAGGAAGGUGAUGCGUCUCUUGAUCUUCUCGAGGGUCUUCCAUGCCUGUUCAGCCUGUCGUCGGUGCGCGGCACAAUGUUGUGCGAGGAGAUGGGACUUGGCAAGACUGUGGAAGCAAUCGCGCUUAUGGUCCUACAUCGUCAUCCUCUCUCGUCGCCGCAUCCCCCUAUCACUACGCGUGCGACUGUAAAGUCACAACAGAUUGAUCUACAGAAUCCCCCCGAUGUUUACAACAAUCCCCAAGUUCGAGAGUGGCUCGACAAGGAGCACCUCGCUUUCGCUGACGCAGUGUCGUGGUCCGAGGAGGCCCAGCUGAACGUCGCCGAGGUUGCCGCUACUCUUGUGGUCACGCCUUUGUCUCUGCUGCAGCAGUGGGUUAACGAGAUUAACAAUCACGCGCCCAACCUCCGCAUCUGUAUCUACCCCGGCUGGAAGGCGUUAUUGGCCCAGUUGCGGGCAAAGCGCUCCGUGAUAGCCAAGACACAGCUCAAGCGUGAGGCUGAGAAUCGCAAGCGCAAGGCCAAGGAUUUGCGCAACACAGCACGCCUAAAGUAUGCCAAGGGCAGUGGUAAUCAGCGUAUCGAGGUCGAGAUGGAAAGCAGCGACGAAACUCAAGCGGAGGAAGAUGGAGAGCCGAUUAGCCUUCUCAGCCUCACACAGCUGGCGUUCCUCGACUACGUUCGCGGACACGACGUCGUGGUUACAACAUACCAGGCGCUCAUUGAGGACCUAGGAGUUGCCAACCCCGUGCCGGCUCGCAGUCGUCGCUCCACUGCAAAGUACAAUCUCCAGGAGCGCCCUCGCAGUCCGCUAGUCAUGUGCAAGUGGUGGCGAGUCAUCAUGGACGAAGUUCAGCUCCAUGGUGACCAGACAGCGGCGUCCAACAUGGUGUCGCUCAUUCCUCGCAACUUGUCUCUUGCCAUGUCCGGAACGCCUGCACGCUCCGACAUCAAAGACCUCCUGGGAUCGCUGCGGUUUUUGGGCGUCCCAUUCGGCGAUGGUAACAUGUGGCACAGGCUCCUACAACCGGCCAACGCGUCGGCGUUACAUGGUCUUUUCCAGGCCAUCAGCGUCCGCACGAUGAAGGCUGAGGUUGCAGGCGAGUUCAACCUUCCUCUGCAGAAGCGAUAUGUCAUCCCGAUCCAGCUUUCCGACAUUGAGAUGCACUACUACCUCGACACUUUGGAGCGACAGCGUGAACGCCUUCGCUCUCAGAUGGGUGGCUUCACGCCGAGCCUUUUCGGCCUCGCUCUUCGUCACCUCCGCCAGAUCUGCACCCACAUCCAGGUCGGUGCGCUCCAGCGUGGCGGUCUAGGCAACAUCCUCGACCGUGGAGGACGCAUGCACCUCGGCAGCCGUCUAAUGACGAUGGAGGAGGCGCUAAAGAAGAUGAACGAUGACCACCAAGCCGAGGUCGUUAGCGAGACUCGUUCACUCAUGCGCUUCAAGCUCAAGAAGGGACAGCUUUUCUUGCUCAACGACGGUGACUAUAUGCGUCAAUUGAGAGCCAUUGGGCAGUACGAGGAGGUGCGCGAGAUGAGCAAGCCGUUGCUGGAGAGCGCGCGAGCUCGACUGGCCGAGGUCAUUGGCGAUCGCGACGACAACGUGGAUGAUGAAGAGGACGCAAGCCGAAUGACGCAGCAUGAGCGCGAGCGUGCCAAGGAGAUUUUGUCACUUCGCGCAACUAUUCGAGAGACUCUGCUCCUUGUCCAUCACGCGUGGUUCUUGGAAGGCGACGCGCACCACCAGAUGGCCGACGAAGACAAAGAGGUGGCUGCUUACGAGGCGGCCGAGGCGAUCCGCAAAGACAUUCUUCGACGUCCGUUGCAAAUUACCGAAGGAUCAAUCAACAUGCUGGAGAAGGCGUUUGAGCAGCAUCCGGCAUAUACCAAUGCCCGUGACCUCUGCGCCACUGAAACAAAGCGUGCGGGCGGUAUCCUGUCGGCAGAUGUUAUUGAGCAGUCCAACAGUCUGCUCAAGAUCCUCAACGACAACGCCUUGCUCGUGCACAGCUGGCGUGAGAAGCUAUAUGAGCUCUUGACUGGCCCCGUUGAGGCCGUGGACGAGGAAGUACCCCUUCCAGGGCACGGACAGAACGUCGAGAACCCCGAAGAAGAGUAUUAUGCCAAGGCGCUGCAGGCACAGGGAGAAAUUGAAGCGUAUCUUACAGCUUACGCGGCGGUCAUUGCCGAUCGGAAAGAAAUGUUGCUCGAGGACCGCACCAUCCUCGCCACUGUUGAGAGUCGCAUCACCAAGAAGCGUGUCACUAAGAAUUCAAAGGAGGCCGCCGCGGACGCCCAGGCCGUCGAUCUAAACACUGUGGAUGACCAGACGCUCAAUCUCAUGCUGGAGCGGCAAGCCUUUCGCGAUCGCCGGAAACAGGAGGGUUGCGAGCGCCCUCUGAAGGCCAUGCUCAUCGACUUGAGCAACAUUGAGCACAGCGCUCAACGGCGAGAGGAGGUGGCAAUCGCGGAGAGCGCCGCAGCUUACCUCCGACGGUAUAUCAAGGCGCAGACCGAAGUGGUCAACAAACUCAACAAGGAGCUGGAGACAAUCCGAGCCACUUUCAAUCGCCGCGCUUCCUACUUUGCCGCCUUGCAGGAAAUUUCAGAUUCGGUGGCAUCUGAAGACUCAACUAUCUUCCGGCAAGCGUACCGCAAUGUCGAUCGCAUGAUUUUUGAGAGCAACGAGCGCUUGAUGACUCUUCGUGUGCGCAGCCGGUUCCUCCAGAGUCUCAGCGGCGACGACAGUGGCGGUGGUGCAAACCCGGCACGCGACAUGCAUGAGGAGUGCGUCGUCUGCUUCGGCACAUCAGAUGACAAACAUGCUAUUCUCCUCGCGUGCGGCCACGCCUUCUGCGUGUCAUGCUACAAGGAGUACCGCAAGGCGGGCGUCAUGGGGACCCGGUGUGCGACGUGCAAAGUGAGGAUCGACGAGCGGGAGGCGACUCGUGUGCGCAUCCAGAAGCGGACAGAGGGCAGUGCCGAGCCUUCUGGGUCUCAGGAGGGAUCAUCGGCUGAGGCCGAGGGUGAGGAUGAUGAGGACAUCUAUGGCGGCGCCGAUGGGGCGGCGGCCGCUGCUGAACAGGAGAGCCGCCGGCUGGCGCUGGAUAAGAUCAACUUCAUGUCGCCGGCCAGGCAGAGAGACAUCCAUGCGCUCGACUCGAUGGGCGAGUAUGGAUCCAAGAUUGAUUUUCUCGUCAAGCAUCUUCUGUGGUACAAGCUUAUGCGCCCUGGCGUACGGCACGUCGUGUUCUCCAACUGGGCCGACUCUCUGCACAUUGUGGAGCAAGCCUUCCGCGCCAAUAGCAUCAAGUAUGUCUCGCUCGACGCCAACACGAAGAAGAACAGCGUCGUGGAGAAGUUCCAAGCCGAUAAGUCGAUCAUGGUCUUCCUGCUGCAUGCCGAGCGCGAGUCAGCCGGCCUGACGCUCACAUCAUGCGGCGUGGUACAUCUGCUCGAGCCGGUGCUGCAGCAUAGCUUUGAGCUGCAGGCCAUCGGGCGUGUCGACCGGCUGGGACAGGAGGCCGAGACGAGAGUGUACUGCUACGCAACACUCGACACGGUUGAGGCUCGUAUUCUGGCGCAGGGCGUGCGGAACGGAACGUCAAUCUAUCUCGCGGACAAGAAGGAGGAUGAGGCCGCGAUGGCGGCGAUGGAAAAUGUCGCGCAUGCGGCAAGCCACGGCGGGGACGUGGCGGCCGUAUCAAGCGCCGUGGACGAGGAGCUCCUGAAGCUGAUCUUCUAGAUCAUCUGAAUCAAACUUUGUAUUGCGUUGUUGUAGAUGAGUGUAUACAUUGCUGCUCUCGA